UCUUACAAAUUGGGUAGCUUUGCUUCAAAAAACAUUUGUGUAAAGAUUCCAAGCGCUAAAUUACUAAAUUUUUAUUAGACUGUCUACCAACUCAAAUAUGAGUCAAAUAAGCAAUUUGUCAACAAACACAUACAAGCUCUACAAACGAAGAUGGUUAGUUCUAGCUGGAUAUUGCAUCCUGUCGUUAGCUGUAGCUCCAACAUCCACCUGCUUCACAGCUGUAUCAAAUAUAUUACAGUACUAUUAUGACGUGCCCCCAAUUUCAAUACACAUGUCGCUUAUGGUCUUUCUGGUAUCCUGUCUCCUCUUCACUUUACCUGCAUCUUUUAUCCUUCACAAAUACGGACUAGCAGUUACUUUAAGAAUGGCAGCCAUUUCGAAUCUCAUUGGAUGUGUUAUUCGUUAUUUUGCAUACUUAGAAAGCUAUGGUGUUUAUUUGUUGCUAACAGGGAAUUCGUUUUCUGCUCUGUCCAUGGCCUUUUACAUGUUUUUAAUAACAAAAAUAGCGGCUAACUGGUUUGGGGAGCACGAAAAAGGAACGGUGAAUGGAAUUGGGAUAGGAUCCCAUAUGAUAGCCUCGGCUCUUGGAUUUAUUCAUUCAACAUAUCUUAUUAACAUCAAAGAAAAAACACACAUAGAGAACGGCAUGAAGCAAGUUGUACUUCACCAAUUAAUAGUUGGGGUAAUAGCAACAGUAGUCACAUUUACUUUCGUUAGAAGCAGACCAAAGACAGUACCAUCAUUGGCUGAAGAAAGGUUAGUGAGUAACAACAGCUCGAUCUCAACUGUGGACAAUAAUAGCGCCAAUCAAACAAAACUGAUUGUUACAAAGAGACGAAGCUGGAAGCAAACUAACGAAAAAACGUUUUGGGAGAGCAUUAAAGGCCUGUUCAAACACAAAGCUUUUCUAGUAAUAACACAUAUCACUUCCGUGACAGCAACUCUGGAAAUCACAUACAAAUUGAUUUUAAAUGAUGCUUUAACAAAUAUAUUCCCUGGGAAAGAGAAGCAAAUUGGGAUAGUUGGUUUUAUUGCUGUUAUUCUGGGAUUUUUCUCCAACAUUGUAUCAGGAGUAGUAAUCGACAAAACAAAAGCAUAUAAAGCUGUAACAUGUGUAACCUUUUUGUUGACUGCAAUAUUCAUUGUCACAUGGAUGAUCCUUAUCGAAUUCUACCAUUCUUUCUUUGCAAUCUCAGCAAUCUACUGUUGUCUGUUGAUGACAUCAAUCAGCUAUCAUGCAGUAUCCACAACACAUGUGGCAAUAGUGACAUAUCCUACAUCCGCUGGAACAAGCAACAUGCUACUAUUCACGAUUGAAUCGUUCUACAGCCUUCUGUUAUCUAUAUCUGCAUCGUUUCUACUAACACAUGUCAGCAUAUUUUACGUCAACCUGGUGGCGCUUUUACUAACACUGGCAGCAUCAGUAGCAGCCUCCCUUAAUAACACAACGAACGAAAACAUCAAUAAAGAACUAUUCCAAAAUGUCGAAACAAUAGAAAUUGAUAUAUGACUUUAUUCUUUUUCCUAAAACCGUUUUUUAUUGCAGAUUAGUUUGACAAUUCGGAAAAAAGAAGAAGAAAAGAUACAUUUUGUGUGUAUUAUGUACGUCCAUAUCACACUUAGGAUUUAUACCAGGACUGUAAACUGUAGUAAAAAAAUCGAUCUUAAAUUGUGUUGUGCUAAUUUAACUUUCCUCAAAAAAAUAUUUUUCUGAAAGAUACUGCUGGU